GGAUAUUCCGUGUCUGGUUUUGCUGAUGUAUUAAUUUGUCGUCUCUUUCCUUUUUCUUUUCAAUUUCCAAGUCUCCGCCACACCACAUUCAUUUCAACGCCAUGGGUAACUGCUUCUCCGACGUCGCCGGUGGCCGUACAGCAAUCGGCGGCACCGCCGGCGGCAUGCUCAGGCCAUCAGAUGCUCCCAACGACGCCAUCGACAACUUCCUCAGGUCUCGCGGCUACAACGGCCUCUUCUCUCAGAUCGAGUUGUCGUUUUCUGCUUCUGGCUUGCGUGAUCGCGAUGUGCUCUCCAAGAGUGAUCCGAUGAUGGUUCUAUAUGCAAGAGGGAAAAAUGGAGCACUUGAGGAACUUUGUCGGACGGAAGUAGUUCUGAAUUCAUUGAGACCUACAUGGAUUACUAAACACACUCUCAUUUAUCAUUUUGAGGUUGUUCAGUUUUUAGUGUUUCGCGUGUAUGAUGUUGAUACUCAGUUUCACAAUGCAGAUGUCAAGAUCCUUAAGCUAGAAGAGCAGCAAUAUCUAGGAGAGGCAACCUGUGCAUUAUCCCAGAUAAUUACAAAGCCUGAUCGGUCAAUGACAUUAGAUUUACAAAGAGAUUCUAUGAGAUCUAGCCCCUCCCUAAACUGUGGGAAGCUCUUGGUGCAUGCUGAGGAAUCUAUUAGCUCAAAAACUUCAAUAGAGAUGAUACUUAGAUGUUCAGAUUUGGAAUAUAGGGAUCUCUUCUCAAAAAGUGAUCCCUUUCUAUUGAUAUCAAAAGUCGUGGAAGGUGGUACCCAUGUUCCAAUUUGCAAAACAGAAGCUAUAAAGAAUGAUCACAGCCCAACGUGGAAGCCAGUGUACUUGAAUAUUCAACAAGUAGGAAGCAAGGAAAAUCCUUUGGUAAUAGAGUGCUAUAACUUUAAUAGCAAUGGCAGACAUGAUUUGAUGGGAAAAGUGCAGAAAUCUUUGGUGGAUUUGGAGAAGCUUCAUUUCGGUGGCCAAGGAGAAAAUUUAUUCUUGUCUGCAGCUGUUGGUCAUAAUUCUCAAAACAAGGUGUUGAAGAGCAGGCUAUUUGUGGAUAAAUUUUCUGAAAGUGUCCAAUAUACUUUCCUGGAUUACUUGGCUGGGGGAUUUGAGUUGAACUUCAUGGUGGCCAUUGAUUUUACUGCUUCAAAUGGAAACUCACGCCUUCCUGAUUCUUUGCAUUAUAUUGAUCCUUCAGGACGGCCAAAUGCAUACCAGAGGGCAAUUGUUGAGGUUGGGGAGGUGCUACAGUUUUAUGAUUCAGACAAGAGAUUUCCUACAUGGGGAUUUGGAGCACGACCAAUUGAUGGUCCUGUUUCCCAUUGUUUCAACUUGAAUGGAAGCAAUAAUUACUGUGAGGUGGACGGCAUCCAAGGUAUUAUGAUGGCAUACACAAGUGCCCUGCUUAACGUUUCUCUUGCAGGACCAACUCUUUUUGGACCUGUCAUAAGUAAUGCUGCACUUAUUGCCAGCCAAUCUGUAGCAAAUGGUGGAAGAAAGUACUUUGUUUUGUUAAUAAUCACAGAUGGAGUUGUGACGGAUCUUCAAGAAACAAAAGAUGCUCUCGUCAAAGCAUCUGACCUACCAUUAUCCAUCCUUAUUGUUGGUGUAGGAGGAGCUGAUUUCAAAGAAAUGGAGCAGAUUUUGGAUGCUGACAAAGGAGAUAGGCUUGAAAGUUCGUACGGACGCAUUGCUUCACGUGAUAUAGUCCAGUUUGUUCCAUUUCGGGAUGUUCAAAGUGGUGAAAUUUCAGUAGUUCAAGCACUUCUAGCAGAACUACCUACUCAAUUUUUAGCUUACAUGCGGAGCAGAGAUAUCCAACCAAGUCUCUAGUCAUGUAAAGACUUCUUUUUUGGUCUAAAUACUGUACAGAAAUGUGUUCUAUUCAUUGAUCAUUGUGCAAUUCUCAGGCCCAUUUCAUUUUCAAUAUCAUGAAUCGGUAAAUUUGGCUGAGAAGAACCCAUGCUUUAUGCUAAAUGCUAACUAACGGGUCAAGAAGGGUUCAUCAGCUAGCUGCUUUAUCUUGAGUUUUGUACUUUUCCACUUUCCAGCCUUAUGGUUGGAAUUUUCUUUUCUUCUUGUGUUCAUGUUUUUAGUGUUUUCUGGUUGUUUGGGCUUGGAAAAAGCCAUAGUACAGAUUGAAAUCUCUAUUUUCUUCCAGGCGAGGGCAAAAUUUUAGUCCUACCUUUGUCUA